AUGGAGCAACUCCAGCCUAAGGCAGAGUACAGACUUGUUCAAAAGCAGAGAGAGCACGCGUUGUUCGCGUGGGAAGAAAAGAUUCGCGUCUACGAGAAGGCGCUCGGCAUUCGGAUUCAGCAGGAUGACGCCGGUGGGCCCACAAUCGUCCGCUUCUCGGGUGUGCUACCUGCGGCUUCGAAGGGAAGCGCCGCGCCGGAAGAGGAAAAAUCUUUUCAAGAAGAUGGCAUGAACACGGGGGAAUGUUUCUUUGCCUUCCGGCUUGAUGCUCAUGGCGCUGUCUCAGAUGCGCAGUGCUGGCCGCCUGUGGAGAUAUUCGAAGACGUCAUGGAAGCAUUUGGCCGAGCUGAAAUUUCUCUCCCUAUCGUUGUUGCAUGCAUGCGACGAAGUUUCAAAGAAUGGCGGAAGCUGUGCGAUACUCCGCAUUCAGGGCCGUCUAUGAGGCGGCAGCCUCUUUUGAGUGGAGGGAUAGAUACACGGGAAGGCGUUCACGCUUUCUCAAGCGAGCGUCACUUCUCUAAAGCUAUGGCGAGCCACAGAGUAACACCACCAGAAGGAAACCGGCACGCCGAUCCCUGUUCUCAUGUCGCCGGGAACAAGCACGUCCCGGCUUUUUCAGGGGCUCGGGUGCAGAAUCAACAGGAGGGAUGGACGAUGAAAGAUGUAUCGGAUCGGACGUCUCUCUUCGUGUUCGGCGCUAAUAACACAGAAUUCGAAACGGUCCAACGGAGAUGGCAAAACUAG